AUGGCAUCACGCAACGACCUCGCACCUACCGGACGUCCUGCCAAGGACGACCCUCCAUCCAACAAGCCCUCCGCUACCGAGGAGGCCAAGACCGAGAGGCAUGUAACAUUCAGUCCUCCCCCACGUCGUCCUCAUGAUGCGACACGCAAGGACACCGAGGCUCCAACAAUCUUGCCCAAGUCUCCCGCCGUCACCAAGCGUACCCUUGGCCACACUGCUGGCUCUGGUCCGGAAUUCGAACGGGUUAAGGCUGAGUGGCGUAACUAUCUGGCUGAGGAACAAGCCUUCAUGGACCAGAAGACUCGCGAGGCGUUGAUGACGGCUAUCGCUCGGAACAAUGCUCGACACUAA